AAUGAAGAUAUCGCUUGUCGCUUCGUUGGUAUUGCUUGCUUUCCGGCCGGUUUGUGGCAUUUGAUUGAAAUUUUCAAAUAAAAAGACUGUCAGUAAAAAAAUUAACUUAUUAUGAAUAAAAAUAAUUAUGUCGGGAAUAAUCGAAUGUAAACGUUUUUUUCCGAUAGACAGUAUUCAGAAAGUUUGUGAUUUAUUUCAAGAACAACUGCGCAGUGAAAAAGAACCCGACUUGGCAUUGUUUUCAAUAAUUAUUGGUGCAGUUGAAAAUAACUUAACAAACAGUAAAAAUAGUGAUAAAGAUGUUAUUUUAUCCGCCAACAAGUUCAUAAAAAUGAAGUUUCCAUGUGUUGAAUGGGAAGAUGUGAAAUCUCUACAUGAGCGAUUUGUGUCUCUGAUGAAAGGUGGUGUUGACGCAAAGCUUUUGAAUGGAGAAUAUGCUACACGUGAAUUAGUUAAACGUGUUGCUGAUGUGGUGUGGAAUUCUUUGACUCGAAGUUAUUAUAAGGAUCGAGCACAUUUGCAGUCCAUCUACAGUUUUCUAACGGGCAAUAAACUAGACUGUUUUGGAGUAGCCUUUGCUGUUACAGCAGGGUGUCAAGUGCUGGGUAAACGGGAUGUGCAUUUGGCUUUAUCUGAAGACCAUGCUUGGGUUGUAUUUGGAAAAGAUAGGACUGAAACAGCAGAGGUGACAUGGCAUGGGAAAGGCAAUGAGGAUAAAAGGGGGCGAUCAGUGGGUGAUGGUGUUCUUGCUAGAUCAUGGUUGUAUGUGGCUGGUAAACCAGUUGUAUGUACCCGAGUUAUGGAGCUAGCAGCAUUGGUGUCCUCAAUAAAUCCUACACUCACACCCACUAUUGAUGUGCAUGAAGUUGCAUUGAUGCAAUAUAAUCUAUUAUGGUUGCUGUAUGAUAAAGGACAUCUAGAUGCAUAUCCUAUGGCCCUGGGUAAUCUUGGAGAUUUGGAUGAGUAUAUGAGAAUAUCAAGUGGUUCACACGAUAUUGGGGAUUCCUCGGAAACACGCAACUUGCAAAGUAAAGCUCGACCAGAUUCCGCAGCUCUGUACGCACAAGCCAUCCGAUCUUCACGUACUCAUUAUGAAGACAGACAUGUGUAUCCAUACACUUUCCAAGGGGGUUACUACCACCGACACAAGAUGUACAAAGAAGCUUUUCAAGCUUGGGCGUGUGCUGGAGAUGUUAUCAGGCAUUAUAAUUAUUCACGUGAUGACGAAGAGAUAUACAAGGAGUUUGCAGAAAUCGCAAAUGAAUUAAUACCACAGCUAAUGAAAGCUGAAAGUUCAGGCCACUCAGCCAGAUCCAUUUUGAAAGAUCCAGAGUGUUUUGCAUCAUUACUCAGGUUUUAUGAUGGAAUUUGUAAGUGGGAAGAAGGAAGCCAAACUCCUAUACUUCACAUCGGCUGGGCGAAACCCCUAGUGAGCACCAUUUCGAAAUUCGAUGCCGAAGUUCGGGCACAAGUGAACAUCAUAUGUAAUACAGACAUCGAGGAGCCCAGUGGGAAACAAAACACAGAAAAGUCUGAAGGCAAGAAUGGCGAUGAAAAAUGGAACAACAAUUCGGAGAACACGGAGUUGAGCGUCAGGGAGCAGUUGACCGCGGCAGUGAAUAGCCGGCCGCGGGUGACGCUGUACAGCCACAAAAUGGCGGCUCUGAAGCCGUUGCUGUUGGCCGAGAGACUGAACACGCACGCGUUGCAGCUGCAGCUGACGGCGCAGAGCCAGCUGCAGCGGCCGCAGCCGCCGGCCAAGCGCCGCGACGACGACGACGCGGCCGCCGCGCCCGCCGCGCCCACCGCACGCGCCAAGCGGGCCCGCCGCGAUCGAUAGACAUCUAAACCAAGAAACUGCGACAAAUUAAAGCCAUGUGAUUGCACCCUUUGCCAGGACCAUACUGUGAACCCAGCUUUACCAGGUACUUAAAUUUUUAUUUUUAUUAUUAUAUUACAAAAUGUGUAAUACAAAUGAACAAAUUACGUUAGGUCAGUACAAAAGGUUCACUUCGCGAGACUGUUCUUUCAUUGUUGUAAAUGGACUUUUAAAAAAAGUCGUUCCGCGAUACCGUAUGCACCCGUUUGCAACAUGCGCCGUCUCUAAUUACAUUGACCUAAAAUAUUUUUGUUGCCUAUAUGGAAAAAGUAUAUAUAAAUUUUCAUCAUAACAUAAGGUAAUGUAAAUACAGAAAUACGUAAAUGUAAAUUAAUAUUCGUAGAGCCCAUCUUUAUUUUUCCGAGUUUUAUGGAUACCAUUUCUUUCAUUGAUUUAUUCUAAUUGGAUUUAAUAUCAUUUAUAUUAAACUUCCAAAAGUAUUAGUGCGCGUGAAAUGGUACUUGGUGUAUAUCAAUUCUGAUGCCUUUAAUGUGCUGUGCAUGUGUAGGAUCGGAUAUUGAUUAUUAAAUCUAUAAAAUACUGUUUUCAAAUGUAUUUAAAAUAAUGAAUCCAUGUAUCAGUUUACCUAGUUACUGUUACUGAUAUCUUUUUCAAAAUUAAAGCGAGUAACUAUUUUAUGAUACUUAUAGUUUUUGUUCUUAGUAGUAAUAGAAACUUGGUUGCUUUACAAAGGGACGUAAUGACGUUACAAUAAUAAUCCUCAUGAAAAUUCAUGAUGUAAGUAAUUACAAAUAUUUUAUGAUCAAUAUUGUAAGAGUGCAAUAUAAACCUGUUAAAAAUUGUAUUUAAAUAUUUCUACUUAUUUUAUAUAUUUGCUAUUAUGCCGCAUUUAGGAAGAAAUAAUCUCAAUAUUUCAAUAGCACUUAUAACAUUUUAUUAUAAAAAUAGUUACAACCCCAUCAUGUCUAAAUAAUACAGAAAGAGACAACACUAUAAAUGUCCUACACUAUUACUUACAGUCUGUCAAAAAAGUGAGGAAAACUGAUUUUUAAUGAACUAUAUUUUUUUGCCAUUGCAAUACCAAAUAUAUUGAUUUAGAUUGGUUAAUAAACAAUGUUGCCAAAACGAGACAACACUCUUUAUUUAAUUUCUUAUUUUUUUUGACAGACUGUACGUAUUUCACAUACGCAUUUGGUCAUUCAUUCCAGAAAGCAAAUUUAUUAGAAUGAUCAAUCUCUGAGAUAUAUUGAAUGAAUGAAUAUGAUUUAUAUAUGUAAAAUGUCAUUUUACAAAUGUUCUCAUAAUUUAUGUGUUGAGUUCAUACCACCUUAUACAGUGUAUGUGUAUGCUUAUAUAGUUAUGAUUACAGUUUAGUGUGCAUAGUGCGACUUUGCUAUUUACAUCUUACCAUCGAAUCGAUUGCAGUGAAACGCAGCUAACCAAUCACAGUGCGCACUUGUGACGUAACAACAACCACACCAUAAUCUGAUUGGUUUGUUGCAUCUCGCUUCGAAUCGAGAGUGAGAAGUGAAAUGCAAACCCGUACUUCGCCCUCCGAUUUCGCCAGGAGGUCUUCCUUCCAUGCUCUUUACUCCAUGAAGCUAAUAGUAUGCAAUGUAUACUAUUCGUUAUAGUAGUAUUGAAUGCGGGCCCCAGUAUUAUGUCAUAAUAAUGGAGCCCACAUUCAAAGGUAUACAUAUAUUCCUAUCUCAUUCACCUGUGACCCGCCUAUAUCUCUUAUGUAUUACGAGCUAUGAAGUUUAUACAGGUAUGUCGUGUAGCUAUACCUGUUUCCCCGCAAGAAGGACAGUUCUGGUCACAAAUGACAGAGACAGCAAUAUUUAUACUUUGAAUUAAAAAGUUCUUAGCAGUGCGGGUUCAGUCUUAUACAUAGCUUCAUGCUUAGACUACAUUCAGUUGUAUUGGCUGUGCAUGUUAGGUCAGUCAGUAAGGAAAAGGCAAAGUAUUUUUAAAUGUAGAAUUAACGUUUUAAUUGAAGCAUUAUUGUUGCAUUUAUUAUAUAUAAGUAGUUAUUAAAUAUUGUGAUUUUCUGUAUUAUUUAUCAUAGUAAAACUAUGACGAAUUACAACUUACAAUUUGCCAUCGGUUUAGUGAGCUAUGUGUUGGUGUAUAGAGUAGAUACUGCUAGAAUUAUAUUUAGAUUUUCUGAUUUGCCUGAAAAACAUAUGACAGAUUACCUAUCACAUAACAAUUAUAUAUGUUUGUAAACAUUUGUAAGAAAACUUUAAUACCAACUAUUUAUUGGAUUUACUACAAAUGUUACAAUAAUUUUAUGACUGCAUAUCUGUUGGUUGGUUGAACUAAUUCUAAUUGACUGAAUAUCUGAUGAAAAGAAAGUGUUUCGUUAUAAAAUUAUAACCUAAAGCCUAGUGCGCUAGAACUAUAAAUCAAUUUAUUUUGGGAAAUCAGAGAAAAUAAUGUCGACAAGAACUAUUUACAAACACAACACACAUACAACUUUUUUACAAAUAUAUUGUAAAAAAUAUUUGUGGGUGGCAAACUCCCUCCGCCUUUUAAAUAUAGGACUAUAGGUUGACAUGGCUAAGCCUAGAUUAUUUUUUUUGUCGAGUAGGUAAGUUCAAUAGGUAUCAGUAAUUGAAGCUGGUUCAAGAUAAAUUGUUCCGGAUUCUGAUCAGUAUUUAGUAUUUAGUGAUUAAUUAUUAAUUUAUUUAACUUUAAGAUACAAUAAAUAACGCUAGUCGACAAAAUUUACGUAAAAUGUUUCUAAAAUAAAAAUGUGUAUAAAUUACAAAACUUGGUAUCUUAAUUAAAUUUUAACGCAUAGUUAUUCCUGGAAAUUCUCUUUAUGAUUCUUUAAUGUUUAUUAUACAAUUAUGACACAGAGUUACCCCUUUAAAAAUCGAAAAAGAAAAGAGGAAACAGGCAUAUAUUAUUUAUUACGUGUUACCCAGGACCAGAACUAGGACAAAUGCUUAAUUUAGGCAGGGAGAAUAAAAAUGCCAAGCUAUUGAUUUCCCCUCUACUUCAUCUGCUUCUUCACUUAUUUUGGAAGCCUGCUGUAACUGGACUAGAGCUAUCAGUAUAUAUUUUUUAAGUCAUCGAUUGUAUCCACUGUUGAAAAACAAACAAUUUAAAAUUGCAUGGUACUAAAAUUGUCCCUGUCUUUUAACGACUUAUGAGGCUUUGAAAAGCUGAAUUCCUGCUCUGUAUAAUGAUUUAUGCACAUAAUAUAAUCAUUCCAUGAUAACUGUACAUAGUUAUCCUAUAUGUUGUUAGUACAAAUGUUACUUUAGAUACUUAUUUGUAUGCUUUAUUGGAAGUUUUCUGUUCGAAAAAUAAAAAUAAGUUAUCUAUAGUUGAGAGGGGAAUCUUUAAUGAAAUAGGUACUUAUAUUAAAUAAAAUUGUAUAAGUAUACUUAAGUACCUAUCUAACAUGUUCAGACAAGCAAAAUAUAAUGGACAAACCAGAGAGGUUGAAAUUUCUAUAGCGCUAUAUUGAUACACAAUAUUACGAUAAUGUCUUGCUUGUUAUUAUAGCAUUACCUUUAUUAGAAUGAAAAAAUGUUUGUUUUUAUUUCUAAUAAUAAUAGUAAUUACCUUGGUAUAUCUAAAAGUGUUCUUAGUUUUAUCAUGUUCGAGAUAUGCUUUGGUCCCUGUAUUUAUAUGUCAUCUGGCUAGUAUCUGAUUUGUAGUUAAAUUAUGGUCAUUUUUGAAAAGACGGUUAAUUUGUGAUAAAUGUAUUAGAUGAAAAGAAUACAAUCCAGAUUGCUUUGAAGUAAUAUUUAUACUUAUAUAAUAUAACCAAGUAUAUUUUGUUAGUUUAAAAUAAAUUUAUAAAGUA